GUGUGCGGGGCCUAUUGGCCGGGAGGCUCCCGUGGGGCAGCGCCGCGCGCCGCAGGGAGGCUGUUCCAGACCCGCCCUCGGGAUGAAGGACUCGCUGUCGCUGCUCGCCCGGAUCCCAGCCCACCCUGACUCUCGCUGCUGGUUCCUGGCCUGGGACCCCUCUGGGACCCUGUUGGCCUCCUGCGGGGGAGACCGCAGCAUCCGCAUCUGGGGCAAGGAGGGGGAUGGCUGGGUGUGCAAGUCGGUGUUGGGCGAGGGGCACCAGAGGACCAUCCGGAAGGUAGCCUGGUCCCCGUGUGGGAGCUACCUGGCUUCAGCCAGCUUUGAUGCCACCACCUGUAUUUGGAAGAAGAGCCAGGAUGAGUUUGAGUGUGUGACCACCCUGGAGGGACAUGAAAACGAGGUGAAGUCCGUAUCCUGGGCCCCAUCCGGCAGCCUCCUGGCCACCUGCAGCCGAGACAAGAGCGUCUGGGUCUGGGAAGUGGACGAAGAGGACGAAUACGAGUGUGUGAGUGUCCUGAACGCCCACACGCAGGAUGUCAAGCACGUGGUCUGGCAUCCCAACCAGGAGCUGCUGGCAUCAGCCAGCUAUGACGACACGGUGAAGCUGUACCGCGAAGAGGAGGAUGACUGGGUGUGCUGUGCCACGCUGGAGGGACAUGAGUCCACGGUGUGGAGCCUUGCCUUCGACCAGAGUGGGGAGCGCCUGGCCUCCUGCAGCGACGACAAGACCGUGCGCAUCUGGCACCAGUACAAACCAGGCAAUGAGCAAGAACUGGAACCCGGGAGCAAGUGCUUCUCAUGCCUCUGGGACUCUGCUGCACGCUCUGCAGGCAGAACUGCUCUGAUUGCUGUCUGGUGUAUUGCAGGAGUGGUCUGCAGCGGCGCUGACCCCAGCUGGAAAUGCAUCUGCACCCUGUCUGGCUUCCACACCAGGACCAUUUACGAUGUGGCAUGGUGUCGCCUGACAGGAGCAUUGGCUACAGCCUGUGGAGAUGAUGCUAUCCGCAUAUUUGAGGAAGAGCCGCUGUCAAGUCUCCAGCAGCCCACCUUCGCGCUGACCGCCCACAUGCCCAGGGCUCACUCCCAGGACGUGAACUGUGUGGCCUGGAAUCCCAAGGAGCCGGGGCUGCUGGCUUCAUGCAGCGAUGAUGGAGAAAUGGCGUUUUGGAAGUACCAGCGGCCAGAGGUUUGCUGAGAAACCCAGCAGUGCAGUGACCCCAGCACAGCCACGGGCCCGGGGCUGUUGUGUGCAGCAGCAGCCGUUAAAUGUUUUGCUAAGAGAAUACGUGUCCUGCUGGUGGGAGGGGUAAUGUUCCCUGCAGCCCUAACCUGCAAAGGGGGAAAAGAGCAGCCACUACCCCCCCCCCC